AUGGGCACGACUAGGGCAGCCCAGAUGGGGCAACGGAAGGGUUGCCCAUUCACCCUGAUGGUGCUGCUGAUAGUUGCCCUCCUCCUGCCAGCAGGAACCCUGGCUAAGAGUGUCCGGGCCUUCUAUGAUCCCUGUAAAGACCCCAACAGAAUCACCUUUCCCAAUGAUCCCUGUAUCACCGGGAGUAGUGGUUCCAGUAGCUCUAGUGGUUCCAGUGGCUCUAGCGGUUCCAACGGCUCCAGUGGCUUCAGUGGUUCCAGUGGCUCCAGCGGCUCCAGCGGUUCCAGUGGUUCCAGUGGAUCCAGUGGCUCUAUUGGUUCCAGUGGCUCCAGUAGUUCCAGCGGCUACAGCAGCUACAGUAGUUCCAGUGGCUCCGGCGGCUUCGGUGGCUCCAGUGGCUUUGGUGGCUCCAGUGGGUCCAGCGGCUCUAGUGGGUCCAGCGGCUCUAGUGGGUCCAGUGGCUCCAGUGGUUCCAUGGGAUCUUGGUCCUCCUAUUCUAGUUCCUCUCAGUCUGGCUCUAGCCCUGUUCUAUCAUCUAGCUGGUCUGGAUCUGGCUCCUCUAAAACUGGCUCUGCCAUUUCUCAGUCCUCUUUGAUAUCCUCUGGCAGCAGUGGUGGCAACCCUGUUGUAUCUGUCUCUGGUCUAGCACCCUGUGGUCCAGACAAUCCUUUAUCACACUGUAGUGGGCCCCCUCUCCCAUCUUCCGGCUCCAGUUCCAGCUCCCACUCUAUAUCAGGGGGCCAUAAGCCUGUGGUGGUGGUGGUAGAGCAGCAUGGUUCUGGUGGCAAUCGGGUAAUAGCAGGGCCUCCGUGCAGCAAUGGCGGGGCUCCUGGCAAGCCUUGUCCCCCUAUCACUUCCUCCAACUCUUAUGGUGGCUAUGAAGUGGUAGGUGGGUCCUCUAACAGUUACUUGAUCCCAGGUAUGACCUAUAGUAAGGGUAAAAUCUACCCUGUUGGCUACUUCUCUAAGGAGAACCCCAAGGGUUCUCCGAGUGUUCCCAACUUUGCUGCUGGGCCCCCCAUCUCUGAGGGGAAAUACUUCUCCAACAACCCCUUCAUCUCCAGCCAUGGUUCCAGUGUCUCUUACCAGUCAGGAGGCUCUUCCCCACUUAUUAUUUACCAGCCUGUGGGCACUGGCGGUGUCCAGACUGGGAGCUCUGUGCUUCAGCCUUGUGGGCCUGGUUCCAAAAUCUCGGUGGGGCCCUGCUCUUCCUCCUCCUCCUCUUCCUCCUCCUCCAGCUCUGUGGUUCACAGUAGCCCCAGUGGGUCCAGCAUUUCCAUUUCUUCUCAUCCUUGUGGGAGUGGUUACCAGGCCUCCAAAGGGCCCUGCUCCUCCUCUGUCUCCAGCUCCCUCAGUAGCAAAAAUGUGAUUUUCCAGCCUUGCGUGAGUGGUUCCACCUCUUCUGGCAAACCUUGUGGGUCGGUGUCCUCUUCUUCCUUUGGAUCCAAAGUGAGUGGGAGUCUUGAGGGCUCCCCGCAAGUAGAUCCUUCAGCAGGGGCCAAACCCUGUGGUUCUAGCAGCUCUGGCAGCAUCCCCUGCCGUUCCAUUCGUGACCUUCUGGCCCAAGUGAAACCACUGGGGCCACAGCUGGCUGACCCUGAGGUUUUUUUGCCCCAAGGAGGGCCCCUUGAGAGUCCCUGA